GUGGCUCUCCUGCACAACGCCUCGGCCGCCCCAUCCAACUGGGACUUCGCCUCCGCCUUCUUCUUCUGCAGCACUUUGAUCACCACCGUCGGUGAGUGAGAGCGCGGCCGGCUGAGCGCGCAGCCCGGGGGCCUCCCGGCGAAGAGAAGCGGCGACGGCGGCACUUGCCUCCCCCACCCAGGCCGCUCUGUGGCCCUCCGGACUCUGGCUGGAGCCUCCGGGUCGGUGCUGGCCCGCAGCAAGCCCGCCCCAGCCCUCCGCGGGCUCCAGGCGGAGGGAGGCUAGUCGCCCUUAAGCACCCGGGUUCCGGCCGCUGAUGCAUCGCAGGCCGACCGCCCGGAGGCCUCCGAGGCGCCUUACGAAUCUGGUUCCUGGGAGCUGCUCUGCGUCCCGGCCUGGCGGGCUUCCAGAGGCAGCCCUGCCAGCCCUGGAGCCCAGCCCGAUGUCUGGCCCAGCAGGCCAAUGCGAUGGCUGCAUCGGCCUUCCGGGACCUGCCUGCGCCCCCCUGGGACUAUUCCUGCAAGGUGAUGCAAAAGUUCUACCAGUCAGAGACAGGACUGACCUGCAGAGGCCAAGGGUCCGAGUGACUCUGUGGAAGGCUGCUUCCCACUGCAAUCGUGGUCAUCUUCACAACCACCCUUCAAGGCUACGGCUACACCACGCCGCUGUCGGACGCCGGGAAGGCCUUCUGCCUCUGCUACGCGCUGCUGGGCGUGCCCUUCACCAUGCUGGUGCUCACGGCCACCGUGCAACGCCUGGCGGGCGCGCUCGCCGCCGGCCCGCUCGAGCGCCUGGCGCUGAAGUGGGGCUGCCCGCGGCGGAGCCUCUCUUGCGGGCACCUGCUCCUGCUGGCCGCGGGGGUGCUGGCGGCCUUCUUCCUGGUGCCCGCCGCCGUCUUCAGCGCCCUGGAGGAGUCCUGGAGCUACCUGGACGCCUUCUACUUCUGCUUCAUCUCCCUUUGCACCAUCGGCCUGGGGGACUACGUCCCGGGAGAGCAGCCGGGCCAGCGCUACCGCCCUCUCUACAAGAUCUGCGUCACGGUUUACCUGCUACUGGGACUCCUGGCCAUGCUCCUGCUGCUCCAGACCUUCCACAAGGCUGCAGAACUGCACGGCCUCUCCGACAUGGUCUUGCUCCCGCCGGAGCAACCCUGCGAGGACCUCGAGCGCAUCCUGGCGGCCCAGGGGCCUCCCUUGGAGCCGGAGCCUGCAGAAAGCACGCCCGUGCAGGCCCCACUCAGCGCUGGAGGGCAAGCCAAUUACGCCUCCAUCAGCAGGUAGCCAGAGAGCCAAGGCUGCAGGAGGAGGGUCCCGGCAGGCCUGCCCCCCCCCCGGAGGCUUCGCCUGGCCCCUGCUGGAAGGACACCCCCCCCCCCCCGAUUUUCACUCCCUUCUCUCUUGCUGGCUCCCUGCUUAUCCCGAACUCUUGGGUCCGAGGGAUGCUGCCUGCAGCUAUUCAGAUUUAUCUUUGCAGGUGUCUUUUUUUUAAGGUGGAGUGGUGAGGCAGAAGAGUCAGACGUUGAGCUCUGCAGCCGAGUGAGACCCCGCAGGGCCUGGGCCAUUUCCUUGCUGUGGCUCAGCCUAGUGCUGGGGGGGGGG